GCCGCUUUCCAUCCUCCCCCCUCCGUUCCGACUUCCCGCCUAGGCCUCCCAGUGGCCGUCAGGGGUCCCUGCAGACAUCACUUCCCCACGGCGGUGGGCUCUCCCGGAGCUCACGGGCUUCCUGACCUUUGCCAUGAGUGAAGCUAAGGAGGAAAAGAAUUUUAACCUACCAGAACCGCAAAGACACUGAGCACAGGAUUGAUUCUCCUAAGUGCAAUCUACAAAGUUUUGAUUCCUUGCCAUUUCAAGGAGAGAAGCCAAGGUAUUUUUUUACCCAGUGGAAGAAUGAUGUAGUUUCAGCCUAAUCUUCUUUUCUUACACUUCUAGGUCCGCUCUGGUCUGCAUGCCCAGAGGGCUAUGAUGGGAACGUAUGUGACCACUCGGAUGGUUCCCCUGACUCACUGCCUCUGCCUGGAAGCUCAUCUUUCAGAAGUCAGGAAACCGCUUCCCAUGGUGGUGGACCCCCAGGGACAAAACGCUGUGUAGAUGGAAAUGGACGGAAGCAGCUCAGGAUCUAGUCCAGGGAUGCCCUUGGUGGAACCUGGUGUCCUGGGGUGAUCUCUGCAGGUGGUGGACGCAUGGCUGAUUCCUGAGCAAGGAUGCUUCGCCGGGGGCUCCUCGCCUGGGUCUCCCGGGUGGGCGUCCUGCUCGUACUCCUCUGUUGCGCUGUCUCCGUCCUCUACAUGCUGGCCUGCACCCCGAGAGGUGACAGUGAGCGGCGGGGGCUGCCCGGGGCCAGCGGCCCCACUGGACGGGCCGGGUACCAGGCGGCACUGCAGGAGUGGGAGGAGCAGCACCGGGGCUACGUGGGCAGCCUGCAGAGGCAGAUCGCACAGCUCAAGGAGGAGCUGCAGGAGCGGAGCGCGCAGCUCAGGACUGCACAGCACUUUGCGGGUGACCCCGUGGGCUCCCCUGAGAGGGCCCAGGCCGACCUGCUGGCUUUCCUGCGCUCCCAGGUGGACAGGGCGGAGGUGCAUGCCGGUGUCAAGCAGGCCACCGAGUACGCCGCGGUGCCCUUCGACAGCUUCACCCUGCAGAAGGUGUACCAGCUGGAGACGGGCCUGACCCGACACCCCGAGGAGAAGCCAGUGCGGAAGGACAAGCGAGACGAGCUGGUGGAGGCCAUCCAGUUGGCCGUGGAGGCCCUAAACAGCCCGGCCGAGAGCAGCCCCGACCAGCGUCCUUACACGGCCUCGGACUUCAUCGAAGGGAUCUACCGCACAGAAAGGGAUAAAGGCACUUUGUACGAGCUCACGUUCAGAGGGGACCACAAGCACCAGUUCAGACGCCUUGUCUUGUUCCGACCGUUUGGCCCCAUCAUGAAAGUGAAGAAAGAGGAGCUGAACAUGGCCAGCACGCUGGUCAACAUUAUCGUGCCCCUGGCCAGGAGGGUGGACAAGUUCCGGCAGUUCAUGCAGAAUUUCAGGGAGAUGUGCAUCCAGCAGGAUGGGAGAGUUCAUCUCACUGUUGUUUACUUUGGAAAAGAAGAAAUGAAUGAGGUCAAAGGAAUACUCGAAAACACCUCCAGAGCCGCCAACUUCAGGAACUUCACCUUCAUCCCACUGAACGGAGAGUUCUCCCGAGGGAGGGGGCUGGAUGUGGGCGCCCGUGCCUGGAGGGGGGGCAACGUGCUGCUCUUCUUCUGCGACGUGGACAUCUACUUCACCUCUGGCUUCCUCAACACCUGCAGGCUGAACACGCAACCAGGGAAGAAGGUAUUUUAUCCGGUCCUUUUCAGUCAGUACAAUCCUGGCAUAAUUUACGGCCAUCAUGAUGCAGUCCCUCCCUUAGAGCAGCAGCUGGUCAUAAAGAAGGAGACGGGAUUUUGGAGAGACUUCGGGUUUGGGAUGACAUGCCAGUACCGCUCUGACUUCAUCAACAUCGGUGGGUUCGACCUGGACAUCAAGGGCUGGGGUGGCGAGGACGUGCACCUUUACCGCAAGUACCUGCACAGCAACCUGGUGGUGGUGCGGACACCGGUGCGCGGCCUCUUCCAUCUGUGGCAUGAGAAGCGCUGCGUGGAUGAGCUGACGCCGGAGCAGUACAAGAUGUGCAUGCAGUCCAAGGCCAUGAACGAGGCGUCCCACGGGCAGCUGGGGAUGCUGGUCUUCAGGCACGAGAUAGAGGCCCACCUCCGCAAACAGAAGCAGAAGACAAGUAGCAAGAAAACAUGAACUGCCAGGGAUGGGUCUGUUUUGUUUUUUUCCCUUUGGUGAUGAGCGAAUGAGUGGCUGAGCAAGAUUUCCCUCAAGGGCGAGAAGAGAAUUGGACUGAUUAGUAAAACGGAUGGAGGCUGAGAGCCUCCUGGUUUCUCUCUGCCUCUUUAGCUUAUGCAACAGGAUCGACGCCCCCCCAUCACCACCUCCGGGCCGGCAGAAACAGCCCCAGCGCACCCCGGGUGGGGUCUGACAAAGGCGGCCUGAUUGUGAGAGUGUGAGUCACGGCGUGGAGGUCUAGAUCGUGUUUACAGCAGAGCGAGACCUGUUGUUCCCUGUGCUCACUGAAAUAUUCAUGAAGGAAGCCCAGUUUUGUAAAAAGUUCAUUGGAAUGGAAGGCAAGCACAUGUCUUCCCAUCGGCGUGACUGUCAGUGGGGCUCUCGGGUCUGGGAUGCGGAAAUGGUAGGAGGCGGGUGGGGAGGGCGUGUGAAACAGAGAUACGCUCAUCGUGAGCCUGGUGAGUAUAUUAAGCAAAACCAAAUGGACUGAGAACAAAAAAACCCCUGCAGUUGUUGUAUCAUCUGGCCACAAGAAUAACCACCAAUAACCCGCUCAUCUUUCUGGUUGUCGUUUUAACCAUUUCUGUUUAUUAAUUUUAUUUAAGAAGGCACUUUUUUUGGCUUAUGAAUUAUAUUCUGCUUAUUUAAUUACCCUUUGGCAAGCCUAAGAGAGCGCAAGGUAGCUACAUUGUUAUAUGUUUUAAGAGGAUGCUUUUUUUUAAAUUUUUAAUCUUUUUUUUUAUUUUUUAGGGCUGC